ACAAAAUUUGAUUCGACGUUAGGAAAUUAAAAAAGAGAAAAAAAAAAAAAAAAAGGAAGAAGAAGCAUUCAUUUCAUUUUGCUAAUACAAAAAAUUUCUUCGUUUAUUUCAUUUAAUACAAAAAUUCCUUCGCCCCUUUUUUUCAUCUUUAGUAAUGGCAGUUGCAAGGAGAAAACUGAAGAAUUGACGCACCAGAAAUCUCACUCUCCUACCCCACGCGGACCAAGGUACUGUACAAACCGGAGCUUCAGAUCUGAGACUCAACAGAUCUCAAUCCUCCGCCGCCGGUUUCUCUUUCGUUUCCGGUGACAAUCAAUCAUGGAAGAGUUCUUGGACAAUAUACCUCCAAUGGAUCUGAUGCGUUCCGAGAAGAUGACUUUUGUCCAGCUUAUUAUCCCCGUUGAGUCCGCUCAUCGAGCCAUUUCAUACCUUGGCGAGCUUGGCAUCCUUCAGUUUAGAGAUUUAAACGUGGACAAAAGUCCUUUCCAGAGAACCUUUGUUAACCAGGUAAAGCGAUGUGCAGAGAUGUCAAGGAAGUUAAGAUUUUUCAAAGAUCAAAUCAGUAAAGCUGGUGUACUGGCAUCUACACGCCCAAUUCUUCAAGAACAUAUUGAACUAGAGGAAUUAGAGAUACGACUGGCUGAUCAUGAGCAUGAGCUGAUUGAAAUGAACUCUAACAGCGAGAAACUUCAACAGUCAUAUAAUGAACUAUUAGAAUUCAAGAUGGUAUUGCAAAAGGCAAGCGUCUUUCUGGUGUCCAGUAAUAGCCAUUCAGUUUCAGAAGAAAGGGAAUUGAAUGAAAAUGUUUUCUUGAAUGAUAACUAUGUUGAGGAUGGAUCAUUACUUGAACAGGAAAUGAGACCCGGACCAUCCAACCAAUCUGGUUUGAGAUUUAUUUGUGGAAUUAUUUGUAAAUCCAAAGUUCUUAGAUUUGAAAGGAUGCUGUUUCGUGCAACUAGGGGAAAUAUGCUUUUCAAUCAGGCACCAGCAGAUGUACAGAUCAUGGAUCCCAUAUCUACGGAAAUGGUUGAGAAAACAGUAUUUGUUGUGUUUUUCUCUGGGGAGCAGGCCAGAAACAAAGUUUUGAAGAUCUGUGAGGCUUUUGGAGCAAAUUGCUAUCCUGUUCCUGAAGAUAUAACGAAACAAAGGCAGAUAACUAGAGAAGUGUCUUCUCGCCUCACUGAACUUGAGGCCACUUUAGAUGCUGGGAUCCGUCACCGAAAUGAGGCUCUUGCAUCAAUAGGGUUUCACUUGAUUAAAUGGAUGAGUAUGGUAAGAAGGGAAAAGGCUGUAUAUGAUACGUUGAACAUGUUGAAUUUUGAUGUCACUAAAAAAUGUCUCGUUGGAGAAGGAUGGUGCCCAAUCUUUGCAAAAACUCAGAUUCAGGAGGCACUGCAGCGAGCAACAUUUGAUAGCAGUUCACAAGUGGGGAUAAUAUUUCAUGUGAUGGAUACGGUUGAAUCCCCUCCUACAUAUUUUAGAACAAACCGUUUGACAAGUGCUUUUCAAGAAAUUGUUGAUGCCUAUGGUGUUGCUAGAUAUCAAGAAGCAAAUCCUGCAGUUUACACUGUUAUUACAUUUCCAUUCCUAUUCGCAGUGAUGUUUGGGGAUUGGGGUCAUGGAAUAUGCUUGUUGCUUGGAGCUUUAUUUCUUAUAGCUCGUGAAAGUAAGCUCAAUAAUCAGAAAUUAGGAAGCUUUAUGGAGAUGCUAUUUGGUGGCCGCUAUGUUCUUCUUUUGAUGUCCCUAUUUUCAAUUUAUUGUGGGUUGAUCUACAAUGAGUUCUUCUCUGUUCCGUAUCAUAUAUUUGGCGCAUCUGCUUACAAGUGUCGAGAUAAUUCAUGCAGUGAUGCACACACUGUUGGCUUAGUUAAAUACCGUGAUCCCUAUCCAUUUGGUGUUGAUCCAAGCUGGCGAGGAAGUCGUUCAGAACUUCCUUUUCUGAACUCUCUUAAAAUGAAGCUAUCUAUCCUGUUGGGUAUUGCUCAAAUGAACUUAGGGAUCAUAUUGAGUUAUUUUAAUGCACGUUUUACUGGAAGCUCACUUGAUAUCAGGUACCAGUUUGUACCACAAGUCAUCUUCCUUAACAGCCUUUUUGGAUAUCUUUCUCUUCUCAUUGUCAUCAAGUGGUGCACUGGAUCUCAAGCAGACCUCUAUCAUGUAAUGAUUUACAUGUUUUUAAGCCCAUUUGAUGAUCUUGGUGAGAACGAAUUGUUUUGGGGCCAAAGACCUCUUCAAAUUAUCUUGUUGAUGUUGGCUAUAGUUGCAGUGCCUUGGAUGCUUUUUCCUAAACCCUUUAUUUUGAAAAAGAUUCACACAGAGAGAUUUCAAGGUCGUACAUAUGGGAUGCUUGGAACCACUGAGAUAGAUCUUGAGGGGGAACCUGAUUCGGCAAGGCAGCACCAAGAGGACUUCAAUUUUAGUGAGAUUUUUGUUCACCAAAUGAUUCACUCCAUAGAAUUCGUCUUGGGUGCAGUUUCAAAUACAGCAUCAUAUCUUCGACUGUGGGCUUUAAGCUUGGCGCACUCGGAACUGUCAACAGUUUUCUAUGAGAAAGUACUCCUCUUAGCUUGGGGGUAUGACAGCUUUGUCAUCCGGCUGAUCGGCUUAGCUGUUUUUUCGUUUGCCACUGCUUUCAUACUUCUUAUGAUGGAGACCCUUAGUGCGUUCCUUCAUGCCUUGCGUCUUCAUUGGGUUGAAUUUCAAAAUAAAUUCUACCAUGGUGAUGGCCACAAGUUCAAACCUUUUUCCUUUGCCUCCAUCGAUGAGGAAGAAGAUUAAGCGACUCAUGGCAGUUCUUCGGAAGGGCAAGAGUUAGAAGGAGGCCGAGCGAGGGACCUAAAGAACUAACAUUUAUAGAAAAGAAAAAAGAAACCAUUUUGUUUGGCAGAGUAUUAGUGAUACUUUGAUCUGACAGUUGCGAUCCCCAAUUUUGACUUAGAAAUAUGAAAUCCUGGCUCAUUCUUUGGAUCUGCUCACGCAAAAAGGGUUCAGAUUACAACCAUGGCAAUCUUUCUUGGAGAUAUAGAUUUUUUUUUUUCCCUUUUUUUAUGUUUUUUUUUCUCUUUCCUUUCAUAUUCUUAUAUCAAAAGUUGAGGUUCAGUAGUUCAGUUGAUGUAAAGAGGAGCUGGGGAUAUCUUCUAUCAUACAUCUUGUAGUUCUUCCUGUAUUUGGGUUCUUGAAUAGGAAUUUACAUAAAAAAUGAACGCACAAAUACUUGUGUGAAUUUUUUUUCUUCGGAUACUUGUGCCUUUAUUUCUAUUUUCAGAAUGUAAUUGUUAAUUGCUCUCAGAGCUUUCCUCAAAUAUAUUUGUAAGAUUUUAUUAUCAUUUGAAGUUGCUUUCCAA